UCUUGCAGAAGCCUAUCCUGUUUCAAACUGGUUGGUCGAGGACUGGAGAUGAACUCACUGGCAUUUUCAGUUGGGACUGUGAAUCCCAGAAAGUUUAGCACACCCAAAACAAGAUCACUCAUAAAAGACUUUGAUUCCACAAAAACAUCAAAUAUCAGUAUCUCAAGCCAAUCCAAAAACAGCACUUCAACUCCUGCAACCCAGCAAAAUGUAAACCCAACUCUCCUAGGGAGAAGAGAAGCACUUGGUUUUGGCUUCUGUUUUGGCUUGCUUGAGGAUCUCCUGCAACCAGAAGCCAGUGCACCAGCAGCCAAGGCAGCUCCAUGUGAACUUACUGCAACACCUUCAGGCCUCGCCUUCUGCGAUACAGUUGUUGGAACUGGCCCCGAGGCUACCAAAGGACAGCUGAUUAAGGCACACUAUGUUGGCAAAUUGGAGAAUGGGAAGGUUUUCGACAGCAGCUACAAUCGUGGGAAGCCUCUUACAUUUCGUGUCGGUGUUGGUGAGGUCAUCAAGGGCUGGGACCAAGGAAUUCUAGGAGGUGAUGGAGUACCUCCCAUGCUUCCUGGGGGGAAACGCACACUAAAGCUUCCUCCAGAACUUGCAUAUGGCGUGAGAGGGGCUGGGUGCAAAGGAGGUUCCUGUGUUAUUCCACCGGAUUCCGUUCUCCUCUUCGAUGUGGAGUUCGUUGGCAAGGCAUGAGAAGUAGCAGCCACUGGCCAAAGAGCAAGGUCUCUGACUAACCUUUUAUUAUUUGUACUCUUAAAGAGGAGAAACAUAAAGUUUCUUCCAUUGCUAGCAUUCAUGCUUAUACAAAUUUGGUAGAUUAGAAACCCCCCCCCCCCCCCCCCCCCAAAAAAAAAAAAAAAUGUACAUCAUUAUCAACUAAAGAGUGAAUUGACCUUUUGAAAACUAUUCAGGGCAGCAACAUUUUUUCCCCUUUUCUGGCCCAUCUUGAAGCAAUCAAGUUUGCAGUUCAAUGUAUGUUCUUCAUUUGCCAAUUCAUGGAUAAGAGGAGCCAUUUUCCAGUAA